AUGCGCGAAGGCGUAAGACAUUAUACACGCGACAACCACGUUCGGUCUGUCCAUGCCACGCCAGCACCAGUGUACCCACCGCAGCGCCACCAACCGCCGCCCGGUCACUAUGGGCCGCACCACGAUCCGUACCCACCUUCACCGCAGCAUGUGUAUUACACGCAGAGCCGUGAUUCAGCGUCGAGCGACCAAUCCAACGCUCAGAAGAAGAGGACUGACAAGAACAUGGAGAAAAUAUUCGAGCUCGUGCGAGACCAAACCGUGGAAAUCCGUUGCAUCAGAACAUGGCUGAUUGAUGUCUUUCACCUACUAAAAUUACAAGGAAACACCACAUGGGUCACCAAUGGGGGAACGCAACUCGGUGGAUUCGUAGAGCGGGGAUUAUCCACUGACGGAGAGCUGGAAAUUCAAAUGUCUGGGAUGGACUGCCACCAAACCGCGCCCCACAGGCUAAUCUUGCUGUGGCCGAGUGUCAGAUCUUUGCUCAGGGAUGCCAACGUGGACGUCGGCGAUAGCUACGUGAUGGAGGCAGAGGAUUGUGGCAUUCUGCAAUCUUGGAGUCGAGGUGAAGACAAUCAUGAAAACAAUGGCACACAACCAGGUGGUUCGGCGAGUCCAGCCCCUAGAGACGACAAGCGUGGUCAUCACAAUACUAACAACCCGAGUCCGCCCCAUAAUUCGUGGGGUACAGGCUUUCAACACGCGCCUUCAAGCGACGCAUCAUGGUCAGAGCCACUUGGAAAAGGUGGACUCAGACCGGAUGGCACUCUCGAUCUGGACGUCAUUGCCAUCAACUCUCUCUAUGACAGUUACAUGAAGAAUAUGCACGUUAUGCAUCCAUUUCUAGAAAAGCAACAGGUACGAGAGAUAUUCGACAGUUUCAUCAGUCGAUAUGGUACCACGCAGACCACACUUCCCACCAACUUCGCUGUCGGAAACACCUCAGAUCCAGAGCGGCCAUUGAAGAGACAACGGUCGAACGGCUCGACGGCAACUGGAACCAUGCAUCAAGAAGAGAGAACAGGGCGACGAGAGCUUACUGAAAGAUCUCCUACCGACGUUAUCGUUUGGCUGAUCCUUGCAUUGGGCAAGAUCUGUGCACAUAAAGACGACCUCGCAGGAAUCGUGCCGGACAGAGCCAGCCACGCAAACACGGCCUUGUUGCACAGUUUGACUGGCAACUCUGGGCUUACCAACAUCUCACCCACGUCUGUCGCGAUCAAGUCAAACGGAAUGUCGCCCAGCACCCCUCCUGUAGCGCGUCCCAUCCCGACAAGAGUGGAAGAUUUGAUGCAAUCAGACAUGCACAGCCGGCGACCAUCAACCCACGGCGCACCUCCUUCAUCCAAGCUUCGAAACCUAGACAAAGUACCAGGUUUGGCUUAUUACGCAAAGGCGGCAGAGAUCCUCGGCAAUCAGGCUGACGGCAACGACUUGAUUCAUGCCCAAAUGUUUCUGCUCGCCGGGCUGUACAAAGGCCAGCUAGCGCGUGUCAAAGAGAGCAUGAGCUGGUAUGUCAUGGCUGGGCGGGCAAUCCGGAUGUUGCUGAACCGGUACAAGUUGUACAACGACCGCUACCGGGACUCUCACGGCGGCAUUCGCAAGGUCCAGGAAAGCGGUCAGAUGCGCAUGAAGGACAGACGUUUGAUUGUUCUAGCCUCGUGGACCUGCCUGCAGUUGGAAAGUGACAUUCUAGCGGAAAUGCGAUUCCCCUCUAGCGGCAUUGGAGCCCUCGAGAAUAGACUGCUGAUGCCAGACUACAUGUCAGAGAAUGAGGAGGAGGAGGAGAGCCACGCCAAAAUCAUGCCAUACGACGACAGCACGCCUAGCAACUUCGACGCGAACCUCAGGCACUACCGGUCACAGAUUAUCCUUCACAGACUACUCAACCGCUUCCACAUAGAUAUGCACAGCGACAAAUGCUUGAACCUGCCGCUCAGCGAGGUCCGAGGUAUGCUCAAGGCGCACGAAGAUGUGCUAAAAGAUUGGCGCUGCACUCUGGCUCCUGGACUGAAAUGGGAUGACAAAGAUGCACCCGCAGUGGAUAUUCUUCCAGCUCAAUUACGCGCAAAGUACUACGAUGCGCGUUAUUUUAUCAACAGGCCUUUCUUGGACUACGCUCUCCACAUCAUGCCUCAUGUGAAGGACGGGGGUACCAUCGCGGACUGUGGGAAAUACUGCAACGGCAAUCCUCGCGACAAAGCCGAAGUUCACCUUUUCGAGGCAAUCGGGCAGUUCUCGGAAGAUGAAAUAUGGAAUGCGUCCAAAAGAUGUAUCGACGCGGCCAUGCAAAGCACUAUUGCGUUUGACCGCGUGCCGCCACGCCUGAUUGUUACUAAUAUCCAUGGUACUGCUCACGCGCAACUCGGCAACAUGCUCGUCGUCUCUGCGGCAUACCGCAACAAGUGGCUCAACUCCUUCAUUGAGCCCGAGCAGUUGAAGAAACUCCUUCGACGCACCAUCGUCUUUUGCCGCAAGAUCGCGAAAAUCUCGCUCACCUCCAAAGUCGACUGUAUGAUACUCGAGAGGAUAGACCACAUGAUCUUCGGCCCGCUGGAUGAGGAGUAG